UUUUUUUCCCUCCUCGAUAUAUAGUGGCUUGAGCCUCCUCCACACACUCACAAUCCCUUCUUCCUCCUUCCUUCUUUCCUUCCUCCCUCCAGCCAUUUCCUUUCUCUCCCGCACCUUGGUUGUGUGCUUUAUCAGAAGUUUUUAGCUGGUAAUCCACAACCCACAUUGCCUAAUUAAUCCACUCUUAAGUGUGGAUUAGUGGGCGAUUAAGCUACCUCUGUACAUCAUACAAUUUUUCUCUACCUGUCUCUGUUCUUCCCCCUGUUUGAGCAGAGAUAAGUGUAGCCGCCUGCUACUGCAUUUACUGAAAAGUGGACGAAAGAAGGAACAACCCAUUUCUGCUGUGUAAUUAUACAGUUAUGGAGAAGUCUGCGAGGCGAAUUUCAGCUGCUCCCCUCCUUCUUCUCUUCUUACUCUGCUCUCUCCACUCUGCUUUCGCCGGCCAUGACUACGGCCAAGCUCUCAGCAAGAGCAUUCUCUUCUUCGAGGCUCAGCGCUCUGGGUUCCUCCCCCAUAACCAGAGGGUCACUUGGAGAUCUAACUCUGGCCUCAAUGACGGCAAAGCCAGCGGGGUGGAUCUAGUCGGAGGGUACUACGACGCCGGCGACAAUGUGAAGUUCGGCCUCCCCAUGGCGUUCACCGUCACGAUGAUGUCGUGGAGCAUCAUCGAGUACGGCAAGCAGAUGGCUGCCAGCGGCGAGCUUCACAACGCCAUGGAAGCUAUCAAGUGGGGAACCGACUACUUCAUCAAAGCUCACCCGGAACCCAAUGUUCUCUACGGAGAGGUCGGCGACGGGAACACCGAUCACUACUGCUGGCAAAGGCCCGAGGACAUGACCACCGACCGCCGUGCUUACCGGAUCGACCCGAGCAAUCCCGGGUCGGAUCUCGCCGGAGAGACAGCCGCCGCCAUGGCCGCCGCCUCCAUCGUCUUCCGCCACUCCAACCCGGCAUACUCCCGCGAGCUCCUCAACCACGCUUAUCAGCUCUUCGAUUUCGCCGACAAGUACAGAGGCAAAUACGACAGCAGCAUCACCGUCGCUCAGAAAUAUUACCGCUCCGUCAGCGGCUACAAUGAUGAAUUGCUGUGGGCAGCAGCUUGGCUCUAUCAGGCUUCCAACAAUCAGUACUACUUGAACUACCUUGCAGCCAACGGCGACGCCCUCGGCGGAACCGGCUGGGGCAUGACCGAGUUCGGAUGGGAUGUCAAGUACGCUGGCGUUCAGACCCUGGUCGCCAAGGUUUGUUUCUUGAUGCAAGGGAGAGCUGGCCCACACGCCACGGUCUUCCAGAGGUACCAGCAGAAGGCAGAGUACUUCAUGUGCGGCUGCGUCGGGAAGGGGAGCAGGAACAUCCAGAAGACACCCGGAGGCUUGAUCUUCAGGCAGAGGUGGAACAACUUGCAGUUCGUCACCAGUGCAUCUUUCCUCGCCACGGUCUACUCCGACUACCUGUCCUCGGCUCGCAAGUCCCUGCAGUGCUCUGCUGGGAAUGUGUCUCCUUCCGAGCUGUUUAGCUUCGCCAAGUCUCAGGUGGACUACAUUCUUGGCGACAACCUUAGAGCCACCAGCUACAUGGUUGGGUAUGGUAACAAUUAUCCUCAGCAAGUUCACCACAGGGCGUCGUCGAUCGUGUCGUUCAAGAAGGACCCUAGGCCGAUCAGCUGCCGCGGAGGGUAUGCCACUUGGUUCAGCAAGAAAUCGAGCGACCCGAACCUGUUGACAGGUGCCAUUGUUGGUGGUCCUGAUGCUUAUGACAAUUUCGCUGACCAUAGAGAUAACUAUGAGCAGACUGAGCCUGCUACAUACAACAAUGCACCUCUUCUGGGUAUUCUUGCUCGUCUUGGUGGCGGACAUGGAGGCUACAACCAGCUCCUCCCUGAAGUUGUUGUUCCUGCUCCACGGCAGCCCACUAGAGCUCCAGCUGCCAGACCUGUUACCCCUGCUCCAGUUUCGACUUCUGCAGCACCUAUCGCCCUUGUUCAAAAGGUGACUGCUUCGUGGAAAUCUGGAGGCAAAACUUACUACAGAUACUCCACCAUUGUGACCAACAAGUCACCCAAGGCACUGAACAGCCUCAAGCUAUACAUUAACAAGCUCUACGGUCCGAUCUGGGGGUUGACGAAAUCGGGGAACUCUUAUGGUUUCCCAUCAUGGAUCAAGUCACUGCCUGCUGGGAAAAGCCUUGAGUUUGUCUACAUUCAUUCUGCUUCUCCUGCAGAUGUCUCUGUUUCAAGCUACACAUUGGCCUGAAGAAGAAGGUACACAAGGGUUGGAAAGCAAAACCAAAGAUGAUUUACGGCAUUGUGAAUUGCAGUAACUGUGCAGCUAUAUAUAUACUUUCUGGAAGAACGACAAAAGGAUUUGCAGGCAGGGGAGGUCCAAAUUUUUGUUUUGGUUGCCUUCCCACCUCCUUUCUCUUUACGUUUUUACUAUAUUAUUAUGGGUUCUUCUCUGCAACUUAUUGUGUUGAAGAUUGGAGGAUGAAAGGAGCGAAGGGACGACUGUUUGAAGGACGAAAGAAGAAGUGCUCAUCCUCUUUCACCCUCCUGCUUCACUGCUACACACUCGUGUCUGUCAUUGUUGUUAUAUAGGUCGUCUAUCUAUAUAUAGGGGUUUUGAGAGAAAAGGGGAGAAUGAUUUGUUUGGUAGUGAGUGAGAAGUACGGGGAGAAGAAAAAGGCUUCUCUCGACUUCUCAAAUUGCUGUUUGCAGAAUUGUCUUUUGAUUACCUUUUCAGCUUUCUGGUCUUUGUUUCGUUGUUGUAAGCUCUGCAACACCACUUUUUGAGGUUUGUGAAGAUUUACUUUGUGGUAAUCAAACAUUGUGGUGACUCUCGUUUCUUGCCCGGCGCUCUAAUCCAAGCAGCUAAUUCGGUAGAGCUAGCUCAAGUGGCGUGAAUGUUGGGCCUGCUGCUUUUCUUGUCGCGAUUCAGGGUUCGAAAUUUGGCUUCUACGCUCUCCUUGCUUGUAUCCCCACAGGUUGGUUUUAAGCGAGAGUCUUGUGAUGAGUGGCUAUCCAGCACGGUUUGGUUGAUGUGCCUCUUCAUUUCUACCGCCGCUAGGCGAAGUUUGCCUCCUACGACUCGCCUUGCUUUGCUCCAUUGUUGUAAGCUUGACAACACACUUUGAGGUUUGAGAACUACAUUGUUUGUCUCUGUGGUGGAAAAAUAUUUGACCCGUAGUAAUUUGGGGUGGGGUGCAAGUACUACUUUUGUCCUGUCUUUGUAGUGUCAUUUUAUUUUAAUUUGUCUCGGUACCUAUUUAUUUAACAUAUUUUGACUUAUUUCAAUUCAUAUUUCCUCUGAAUGAUACUUUAAAC